GCUUUCAAAGCGAUUUGCAGUGUUGUUGCGCGUUUGUCGAAGUGAUCGCGCAUUCCUACAGAAUUAAACGCACGCAAACGGAAAAUUACUCGCAGCAGUGAACCAGCACAGGAAGGCAGGCAAAUCCUAGGCAUAUAGCACUCGGAUUAUACGAAGAAGAAAAUAUUUUAAAAUUUAGUAAAUAAUCGAUUUUGGUUGGAAAUGUUGCGCUUUUCAUUUGUGCUUUUGUUUGCCUGCCUUAUUGGCUGCUGUGCGGCACAAUUAACGGUGAAUGCGGAACUGCCGGAGCUGCCCGAUUUCAAGCCAGUCAGUGAAUUGCCGGCUGACAUACCCACUUGCGAACAAGGGGACGUUAAUAUCAACGAAUGCAUCAAACGCGCCUUUCAACAGCUCACCCCGCGUCUAAAGGAUGGCAUUAAGGAGCUGAAUAUCCCCCAGAUGGAUCCUUUCAUCAUUGAACGCAACAAUAUUGAAGUUGGUGGCGGUUUCGCACAGGGACGUGUGCAGGUACGCAACGUGCGUGUAUUUGGCAUAAGUGAGGGUAUAGUACAGAAGGUAGACUUUCGUUUGGAUGGCAAUAAUGUGCACAUGGGAUUGGUUUCACAAAUGCCACACCUCUACAUUGAAGGCAACUAUAAGGCCGAUCUGAUGAUAAACGAAGUGAAAAUGACACCAAAGGGAUACUUCAAUGUGACUAUGUCCGAUCUCCUGUUGAGCUCCCAGUCGGAAGGCGAACUCUAUGAGCGUGACGGCCACACAUAUUUGCGACUUACAAAAUUCAAUUUUGAACCAGAAAUCGGAGAUAUGCAUAUUUAUGCUAGUAACUUGGUGCCAGAUCCAGCACUGAAUGCCGUAAUACUGGAUUUCGUAAAUCAAUACUGGCGUCAAGUGUACAAAGUAAUGUUGCCACAAACACGCAGCACUUGGGAGCCAAUGUUCUUACGCGUUAUGAACUUAUUUUUGGGUGCUGUUCCAUUCGAUUUGUUCAUUAAAAAGAACUAAAAAUUUUAGUGAAAAUACUCAGGGAUUAUUUGACAGGAUAUUUGUGCAAGUCUUUGUAUAUAGUUUUUAAUAGUUUUAUAAAUAUAAACCGUAUUACCGUUAAUUAAAUUUUAUAAUAUAUUUACCUA